UGCUUAUGUCAUUUCACGAGUUUCCUCGGGUUCCUUUUUUUAUCUCUAUCUGAUCAGUAUAAACACAACAUUCAAGCUUUGCCCCCUUCCCUCCCCCAUUAAUUCCUCCUUUUUGUUUAUUUAAACCAACAUCUCCAUUCUUCCCAUGUUCUUCCUUUUCAUUUCCUUUCCAUGACUUUCCUUCUCCUUUCCUACUGAUUCCCUCCGCACAAGGGAAAACUACGUCUUUAUUCUUUCAUCCCUUCCAAAGAGAUAUGGGGGUUUCAGGGAAGCCUCAACUGGUGGAUGGAGGAGGAGCAGGCUUGGAAUCCGAUGGCAAAAAAUGGGUCAUUGCCGGCAUCUCUUUACGAGCUCCGUUGAACCCUAUUUACACAAAUCCAGUGGAUGAUCGCAAAGAUAAAGAAGAAGAAGAAGAAGAAUCGUGUUCGACCACUCCAACUGGACGGGAAGCGAGAAUUCCAACGCUGUUGACAUGUCCACCUGCUCCCAUGAAGAGGAAGCCUAAUUUGAAGUGUAAUUACGUAACUGUUAGACAGUUCUUUACUCCACCGGAUUUGGAGACUGUCUUCAUACGCCAUGUUUAAAAAAGCUCACCAUGAUCUAUUGUAACAUGUUCAUCAUUCCCCCCCCCCCUAUUUUAGGGUAUUUUAAUGGUAGCGAUCACUAGAAGUUUAUGUACAGAUGAAUUCUUAAAUA